UUAUUUUUUUUUUUUUUUUUUUUAUCAGAGGUUGUUAACCAUGCGCUAACCUACUCGGCUACUCCCACAUCCCGUCAUCCAAUAGCCAUAAAAAAGAAAUAAAAAUAUAAUUUUAAAAGAAAAUCCGUCCCAAGUCUCUUUGCAGUUCGUCCUUUUCGAAACCUAAUUCCCUUCUUCGCUCAGGGAGUACGAAGAUCAUAGAUAUGAGUGGCAACCUUAAGAGCAUAAGGAAUGUUCUGGCUGAUGCAGCCGUAAAGGGUGUGGAAUUGGCAAGGGCUCGGAUAUUUGGUCAUGUGCUCAACCCAACUGGGCAGAGAUCUCCCCACAAGAUUCUGCGCAAGAAGCUUAUCGGUGAGAAGGUGGCCUCAUGGUACCCUUACGACAUUAAGAAAGAUGACCCCCUCGUCAUGGCCCGUCAAGAACAAGAGCGCUUAAACAAGCUUGAAAUGUUGAAACGUCGUGGAAAGGGUCCACCAAAGAAGGGCCAAGGAAAGCGUGCUAAAAAGAGUGGCAAAUAGAGAACGACUGUGGUCUUGAACUGCGUUACUUCCAUGUUUCUUAGGAAGGAUUAAACAGAACCACAAUAUUGCUAAUGCUUUUCCAAUGAUCUUUUGGAUUUUGACGUACGAUACGUAACUGUAAACGCUCACUUUCAGUUGUCAUGUUUUGGCUGACAUAACUCUCGAUAGAUGAAUCAAAGACGUGCAUCUUAAUUUUGUACA